AUUAAUUAAUAAAUAAUGGCAAAGAGUAUGGACCAGAUGGUAAUUCCAUCCUUGUGUGCUGAGGUGGCCAAGAACCUUCUUCUAUUAACAGAAUCAAAGGAAUACUAUACUAACAAAAAAUUUUCUUCUCUGGGAGGCACGCUUUCAGUCUCAAUUCUCAAGCUCAAUUUUUGUGAAUUAAGGGAGGAAAAAGUAAACUGUUUCGUUAAACCCAGACCCAAUUUUCUUGAAUUUUGAUCUAAUGGCUUCCCGUAGGCGCAUGCUCUUAAAGGUCAUAAUUCUCGGUGAUAGCGGGGUUGGGAAGACCUCGUUGAUGAAUCAGUAUGUGAAUCGAAAGUUUAGUAAUCAGUACAAGGCGACGAUUGGAGCUGAUUUUUUGACAAAAGAAGUUCAGUUUGACGAGAGGUUGUUCACAUUGCAGAUAUGGGAUACUGCUGGCCAAGAAAGGUUUCAAAGCCUUGGAGUGGCUUUCUAUCGUGGUGCUGAUUGCUGUGUUCUUGUGUAUGAUGUGAAUGUCAUGAAGUCAUUUGAUAAUCUUAAUAAUUGGAGAGAAGAGUUUCUGAUUCAGGCUAGUCCUUCUGACCCUGAAAACUUCCCAUUUGUUGUGUUGGGGAACAAGAUAGAUGUCGAUGGUGGCAAUAGUCGGAUGAUUUCAGAGAAGAAAGCGAAGGCAUGGUGUGCUUCUAAGGGAAACAUACCUUACUUCGAGACUUCUGCAAAAGAAGGAUUCAAUGUGGAUGCUGCUUUCCAGUGCAUAGCCAAAAAUGCACUAAAGAAUGAACCUGAAGAAGAAAUAUACAUUCCUGACACGAUCGAUGUUGCGGGUGGAGGGCGACAGCAAAGAUACACAGGAUGUGAAUGUUAGAAGGAAUUUCCAAGACUCGGUCCGUUCUUUCAAUCGGAAAUGCAACUUUCAUUCAUAUGUUUCCAUUCAAUAUGCAGCGAUUAUAACUGAAGUCUAAUGAUUACGAAGAGGGCAUACGAAAUUUCAUUAUGUAUCAUAUGUAACUGUGGGAGCACAUUUCCAUUUUUAAUCAUUUUGUUUCCUUCUGAAAAAUUUAGAUUUGUAUUCAAUUAUAAUUCAUCUGGUUACAUUAACAUUGUUAUACUGGUUACAUUUACUCCCAAAUUGUUAGUUUCAUUUUUUUAUUAAUAAAAAUUCAGAAUCAACGUUGGCAAUAUCAGCGUAAUUAUUAACCGUUUAUUAACUGGAACAUUAUAGCAUACUUUCGAAGGCUAGUUUUGGGCUUCAAUCGUUGAUUCAGCCGAUUCCAGUUUGAAAUGAUCUCAAGAUGAUAUUGGUUCUGGUUUUUGGUUCGAUUUUAAAUAUUAUUAUACUAUAAUAAAUUUUUAGAUAUUAUUUAUUUAAUUUUUAAUAAAAAAAUAAAAAGACUUAAAUAUAAACUUAAUAUAAAUAAAAAAGAAAAUAAGCUUUUGAAUUGGAGUCCAAGGGGAGAAGGCCUGAACUAGGUCCUAAUUCUGAUUCAGGGUUAGGCCAGGUCAAUCGCUGUCAAAAAGGCUUUGGCAGGAUCUACCUAAUAAUAUCUCCUUGCUAGCUCGUUAACUGCCCUUUGCCAGCAACUCAGCUGUUAGCAGAAGUAAAGAACCAAGUAUUGUCCUUGGCUUAACACUACUGUUCUUGUUUCAUUUCAUUCAUGGACAUGGAGGCCCCAAAGGAUCAAGAAUCCACCGGAUUACUCCUCAAGAUCCUCCCGCCUCGCCUCGAAGAUGCGGGCCUCGAGGAUUGCACCCUUCCUCUUGAGUCCAUUAAAGAAGCUUUCUUCAAAGCCGCCUCUGCCAUUAAGUCAGGCACCACCUCUUCCUUCUCCGACGAAGAAGAAGACGAUUGUGUUCAGGACCGCUGGCCAGAGGCCAAAGACUUGUCUGAUGAGGUCGUCGGUGGGUCGCCGAGCGCUGCCAUGCCGGACACUUUCGUGGGAGUAGACACAGGGAUGGAUGUGCCGGGACAUUGCGUGGCAGAGAAGGGUGGUGGCGUGGUGUGGGAAGGCGGGGAUAAGGUAGUGGCGGGUGGUGGUGAUGUGGAGGACAAAGAUAGAGAAAAGGGGUGCGUGGAUGAUGGGUUGAAGGGAUUGAAGAUUGGGGACAAGAAGGAAGAAAAUGGCGGUGAUGCUGAUGGUGAUGGUGAUGAGGAACGGGAGGAGAAAGAAGGUGAGAGGCCAAUAUUGACUGAAGGUGUUAUGUGAAAAAAAAAUGGAACCCCUUCUAGUGUUGAGUUCUGCCUUUAUUUCUAACAAGUGUCUAGUGUUCAUUUUAGUAUCUUGUUUAUAUAUGAGCUAUGUUCUAGUUUUCUUGAAGAAAAUGUCUUCUUGUACCUUUUCUUUAUAAUCCAAUGUUGAAUGAAAUUUUCAGCUUUUGAACU